GAGCAAGUGUCAGUCAAUUUCGCGGCGCCACGCGUGCUGGUCGUCCCGAUUGUUGAACGUUGCCCCUAGCAAUACUACGUACGCAUCGCGCGCGACUUUCAAGGACUAAACAAGGACCUAACUAUAGUCGCAAUAAUGUCUGACGCGGGCCACGGAAAAAUUGAAGAUAAUCCGAAAAUCCUCUCGGGCCCUGUGCUCACCAACUCUCCGAAUGCGGUCCUGUCAAAGUCCCUGCUGGGCAGGUACAAUGACCUCCCUCUUCCCGGGGACAAGGUGCUUGCAACUUACAUCUGGAUAGACGGCACAGGGGAGCACUUGCGAUGCAAAGAUCGCACCCUAAGCUUCAUCCCAAAACGACCCAAAGACAAUCUAACAAGGAUCCUCGAAAAUAUGUACUCAAAGUAUGAACUAACAGUAAUCGGAGACUUGAAGUGGUCCUACGUGGACCAAUACUCGUCCCCUCACUACUUCCCUCGGGAUGGCCCCGACGCAUCCAUACUUUGCGAACAGAAACUGAACAGGGACAGUUUUGAUGAGAACUUCAAAGAUCUGCCAGUGUGGAACUUCGAUGGCAGUUCAACCGGUCAGGCUGAUGGCCACAAUUCAGACACUUAUCUGGUACCCCGUGCCCUCUAUCGGGAUCCUUUCCGUCGUGGAAACCACCUGCUUGUCAUGUGCGACACAUACAAGUACAACAUGGAGCCAACAGAGAGCAAUCAUCGUGUGAAAUGCCAGGAAGCUUAUGAAAAGUGCAAAGAUGAUGAGCCUUGGUUUGGUAUUGAACAGGAGUAUAUCCUGUUAGAUUCAGACCUUAGGCCUUUUGGAUGGCCCCCGGGCGGUUUCCCACCACCGCAGGGUCCUUACUACUGCGGUGUUGGUGCCAACAAAGUCUUCGCAAGGGAUUUAGUUGAAGCCCACUAUAAGUGCUGCUUGUAUGCUGGUGUGCCAAUAAGUGGCACUAACGCUGAAGUGAUGCCUUCUCAGUGGGAAUUCCAAGUUGGGCCAUCUGUUGGUGUGACCGCAGGUGAUGAUCUGUGGAUGGCGCGCUACAUCCUGCACCGACUGGCUGAGGAGUAUGGUGUGAUUGUUACAUUUGAUCCCAAGCCUGUGCAGGAUUGGAAUGGAUCUGGUGCUCACACCAACUUCUCUACUAAGAAAAUGAGAGAAGAGAAUGGUAUUAUUGAGAUUGAAAAGGCCAUAGACAAGCUGUCAAAGGUGCACAUGAAGCACAUCAAGGUGUAUGACCCGCGUGGAGGCAAAGACAACGAGCGUCGUCUCACAGGCCUUCACGAAACCGCCAGUAUUAAUGAUUUCAGCGCCGGUGUUGCCAACCGUGCUAGCAGCAUCAGAAUACCGCGAGCCGUCGCUGAAGAGAAGAAGGGAUAUUUGGAGGACCGGCGACCCGCCUCCAACUGCGAUCCGUACGCAGUUGUUGAUGCACUGAUGCGUACCUGCAUACUGAACGAAUAACACGUACGUGCCGCGUGCCGGCGCGCGACACACUGCGCACACGCACAUCGCAGCUAGUGGUGCCAUACGCAGAUCAAUUAAACAACUAUACCCAACACAUUUUACAUACAUUUUUAGAAUUUUAUUUUUGAAAUACUUUUUUUAAAAUCGGGAUUUUGACGCGGCUGUGGUGAUAUUCGCUUUAUAGUUCGUAAUCGGCUUUUGAAAACACAUUCCGAUUUUAUACCACAAUAAGGAAAGUUGACAAUCAGCAAUAAUGUGAUAUGAAACUUUAUGUACAAUUGUUACUGGAUAAUAAUAUAUACGGAUGUGCCGCUAUAAGAAAUAUUAAAUUGCUAGAAUAGAUAGAAAUUUUUUUCUAUUCAAUAUCCGAUUGCCUUAUAUUAAAAUUAGUUUCUGAUAGUAGUUUUGAUAUCAUUAAUAUACAAAUGAAAUUUUUGUAUUGGAACGUUGGCUCCUAGCUGCACAAUUCCAUUCAUAUAUUUAAUUCCUAAAAUUUAUUAUAAUCGAGAAUUAUUUUACUUUUGCAUAGGCAUCAAUAAUUUUUCUUAUUCAUUAUAAAAUUAUUGUAUAGUCUAUAGAGAAAUUUUAUUAUAAAAAUAAAAAAAACAUAUUAAAAUUGUAUCUUUAUUAAUUAAUAUUUGAAUAACAUAAAAUAGGAAAAUUAAUAACACCAAAUAGUCGCACAAUUGCGCGUUAGCAUUAUAUUAAAUGGACCACAUGAGAUAUUAUAAAAAAAAUCAAUUAUUAUAGAUUAAUACUUUUACGAAUAUUAUGUGAUAUUUAAAAUUUAAUUGUUACUUUUGAUAUUUAAAUAGUUUAUGAGUACUAGAAAUAAUCACAUAUCAUUAUAUAAUGUAAACUAAAAUAAUAUUAGCAGAUAUUUACAUACAAUGUGACCAUAACAAUUUUAUUGAGCACAAAUUAGAGUUAAUUUUCUUGUUUAUUUAAAAAAAAAAUAUAACAAUUUGCAUGUGUCUGAAAUUUAUACAUGAUGUUUUGUCACUUGUAUGAACAUGUUAUACAUAAAGCAUAUUGUGUAAGAAACAUGUAUCGUGAAAAGUUAAUAAAUAAUACUUUGUUGUAUUAA